GCAAGCCGCGACAUCAAAUCCGAAAGCACAAUGCUGCAAAUCCUGCCCAGCAUGGUUGCGACACCGCCUCUCGCGCGAGAUCGGCAGGUCGUGGCGAGGCGCCAGGCGGUAAGCUACCCCCCCCAGUGUGGCUCUUUCGACAGCCACGGCGCAACCUCGCGUGAUGCAACCUAGAUGCAGAUAAUUGGGAACGUCCGUGGCUACUUCAAACGGCAGCCCAGCUCCCGCGGCUACUCUGCAGCCCCUCAGCCCACCGUACAACGUCGCACCUCCCUCAGGCUUCAGUGGCUGCUGAACGCGAGGCCUUCAAACAAUCCGAACAACUGCAACAUUCAUGGAGCCCCGCCUGGAAAAUGCGAGGACGCCUCCAACGUCUCCUUGGACGUGGAGCGAUCAGAGCUCCAAUUCAAUCUUACACGGACGAUGCGGGAGACUCUUCUAGCAAACUUCAUCCGUUCCGGACAGCCCGGUCAGGAUGCAGAGGGUUCCCUUCCCCAACGGCAUCGCGUUCGACAAAUUGAGCAACUCUUAUUGAGGCUGCUGGCUGAGACCAUAAGAAGUCUCCACAAGGACUCUGACCCGGAACCUAGGCAUGGUUGCCCCGCGGCGUUGCAGGGGCAACGAACACGCGGGCAAAUGCCUACAAUGAAACAUUAUGGGCUGGCGGACGAAGUUGCGGAUAAGUUAGGCCGUGAAGACAUCUGGAAGUCAUGAAUUCAAGAGAAGGCUUAAGACGCCCAACCAAACCUUUCGGGGUUCGCUGCGCGUGCCUCGGUAAGACACCGUGAACAAGGUCAUGCCUGCCUGUUGGGUGCACUGUCUGGACGGUCCGCGUGCCGCUUAGGGGCACACCAUAUACAUGUAAAUUUCCUAACGCUACUCCGCGCGUGGACGUUCACACGCAAAGCAAACUCAGACAUCCGCCACCGAGGUCGGCAAUCAGCUUCAAAUUGUGGAUGUAAUUAGCGCAGGGUGGGCCACGGUACGCCAACCGAGUCAGCGGAAGACCGAGUCCAGCACCCGAGCGACCUUGCGCGUCCAUUCGGGGAUCUGCUCGGAAGGAAAAGGGUACGCCUAAGCCAGCCGCCCCCUUCUUCCAACCACCCUCCCCU